AUGAGCAAUCAAGAACAUAAUCAAGGAAAUGAGGAAGAGAUUGUGGAAGCUCCGCCAGCUGAAGAAGAAGAAGCAAAUGAGGAUGACAAUGAUGACGGUGAAGGAGAUGACGAAGAUGGAGAUAAGGAUGGAGAUAAUGAAGAUGAAUCGGGUGAAGAGGAGGAGGACUCGGGUGAAGAGGAAGAGGAAGAGGAACAAGCCAAGGGAGUUAAGAAAAAACCUAGAAAGACGCUUAAAAAUCCUUGUGCUAGAUAUGCAUACAUUCCUGAUGACAAUUUGUGUUUGCCGCCAAAGAACCCAACUUAUGGCCUACCAGUUACGGGUACAAGUGUUCGAGAUGUCUACGAUCCCUCGAUGAGUUAUGAACUUCUUGAAAAGUUGGUGGAAAAGUGUCUAGGAUGGAAUGAUGUCAAGGCACAAUGUGAGGUUAAACGAGCUGCAAAAGAGCCCGAGGAAGGUGAUGAGUAUAGUUAG